UGUUUAGAUAAUGAACUGGCAGUAAUCGGAACUAAGUAUUGAACAUUGUAUGCGCGUUUAAACCGACUAGGAAUAUCGGAUCAGCUGUUGUAUCACAUAGACUUCAUAUAUUUCUCAUCUUAUUAUUUUUGGUAGGGAUUGUUUGCCAUCCACUGUAGAUCAGAGUUAUGCUUCAUCAAAAUGGGGAUGUUUAUUACGGUCAGUUUAAUGGAGUUAAUGCAAUUAAAAACAACUAUGCACUGGCUAUACCAAUAUCAAGGAAUCUAUCAGCUCGCGAUGAGGAAAUGCUGCGCCUCAUAGGCCAAUAUUUAUGUGAUAAAGGUUUCAAUGGAACAUAUAUGCAACUGUCAAAAGAAUCUGGAAUAGCCUUAGAGCACAGCGACGCUACAGAACUUCGUCAUGCUAUAUUAGAAGGCCGAUGGUGCGAUGCGGAAGCUACGAUAGAUAAGCUUGCACCGUUGAUAGGAGAUGUGAAUAGUGUCGAAGAAGUACGGUUUUUAAUUCUGGAACAACAAUUCUUGGAGUAUUUGGAAGCCAAUGAAGUAAUGCCUGCUGUUACCCUGCUGCGCAAUCGGAUUACACCCAUGCAACGAAAUACAGAGCGAGUUCACACACUGGCUAGUUGCCUUAUGUGCAGAACCAGUGUUGAGUUACAAGCACAAGCAGGUGGUUGGGCUGGAGUGGAUGCUGGUAGUCGUUUACAGUUAAUCAAUCGUAUACAGGCUUUCAUACCAGCACAAACAAUGUUGCCACCAGGGAGAUUGGAGGAAUUAGUCAAUGAAUCUGUUCGUGCUCAAUUAGCUGCAUGCAUAUUUCAUAAUCCUCCUCUUGGUGUUCAAAUGGAUGUACACAACAUAUCAUUAUUACAACGUCAUUCCUGUGGCAUGCAAGAUUUCCCUGCUUUUUGUAUUCAAACUUUGGAUCAUGAAAGAGAUUCGGAUUUAUGGUUUUGUCAAUUUUCUCCAGAUGGUAAUUAUUUAGCCACUGGUGGUAAGGACGCAAAUGUUGAUGUUUGGCGUGUGGAUCUGAUACGACAUGCAGUAUCCUUCUAUCGUGUACUGACUACACCAGCAUAUAUUGGUUGUUUAUGUUGGUCACCAGAUUCUAAAAAAAUCGCAGCAUGUUGUGGAGAAGAACAAAGCUCUGUACUUGUAUUCGAUGUAUUUAGUGGUCAACAGCUGUGCAAUCAAAAGGUAAAUGAUGAAGACAUCUAUUCAACUGCCUCUUUCUUUGCUGAUAGUCGUAAACUAGCUUUUGGCGGUCUCAAAGGCAGUUUCUACGUAAUGGACACCGAGGAUCAAGGUCGUGUACUCACUAUAGUUGAAGGUUAUCGUGUACAGAGUAUGGCAGCUAUACUUCCACCUAUACCAAAUACGCAUCUUCCAAAUGGCACUGAAUCUGUACAAGUUAACCCCCCAAAUCGAUCUACGCCUGGUGCUCCAGAUUCAAUAGCCAGUGGAUUACAACAAAAUAGUUCAAUGAAUGAUGCAAUGCAUGGUCGUCAAGAAUGCCAAAUCGAUCAACUGUUAAUUGCUGAUAGCCUUCAUAGGAUUCGAUUGUUUAGAUUUGGCCCAGUUGGAACAAAUGCGUCUGGAUCAAAUACCACCGCAGAUGCAGUUGAUAUGCCUUUAACUACAGUUACCACACCGAAUGAAAAUAGUACUACGUCUAUAUCAACUGUGACUAUCUCCACUUUGUCCGGUUCAUCCUAUACACAGACACCUAGUGAAGAGAAUGCAUCAAGUACAACCCUAGCGACAACAACUACAUCUGCUCUUGCAGCUUAUCUGAGUUCAGGUGGUGGUGCACCCGGUGCUCCAGGCUCAGUUAGUAUUUCUACAUCAGCCAGUAGCGGUGCAACUAAUCCUACUGGUGGAAGUAGGACUGGUGAUUGUGACACCAGUGAUAAUAAUGCGACUGCAAGCAGUAAUGCCAGUAACUCUGGUGUAGCGACAGCAUUAGCUGUUGCUCGAUUAGCUCAACAACAACAGCAACGUUUAUUACAAUCAUCAAAUCCGAUGACAACAGCAGGUCCAGCAUCAUCAUUAACCGGUAAUUUAUCAGCAUGGUAUCAACAACCAGGGACAUAUCCAGGACCAACAAGUAUUGCGUAUACAUCGGGAACGUCUACACUACCACCUGGAAUUCUUCUCGAUAUGCCUAUUUUACCGGUUAGUUUGACUCGUCUUGGACCACCUUCAACUCAAGGUAUACAAGCUCAACUAGGUCUUCAGCCUGUAUUACAUCCAGCUAGUUCUUUACACGGUUCAAAUCCAUACACUGUUGUAUCAUCAGCUGGUGGAACUAAUCUAUGCACUACUGGUAGUAGUUUAACUAUUCUUUUUGGUGCUCCCUUAGAUAGAACUUCAGCUUCCUAUACAGCUACUCCAGUUGGUGUUUCUGGUUCAACUACAAGUACGCCUACUGGUGUACGUGCAUUAGCUGCUGCAGCUGUUGCCUUAGCCAGUCAUAAUACUCGUCAAGUUAAUUCAGUUUCCAGUGGUACAACAAUGUUGGCUGUGUCUACAUCUACACCUCAAGAUACGACUACGAGUCGUUCAUCUGUUUCUACUACAAAUGUUGGUUCUACUGUAAGUACAUCUACUUCAACAUCUGGUGUUACUACAGGCUCUGCAUCUAAUUUAACUACAAUCUCAGCUUCCACACCAGCAACUGGUUUUUCUACAUCAACUACAAGUACAACAACAAGUGCACAUAGUAGCGGUCAAACUACUAAUGCAAGUAAUUAUGGUUUAUUGGAUCAUAGAACAUUAUUUAAAGAAACUCAUCCCGUUCAAUCAAUUAUGAUUUCACGCUCAGGAACUAUGGCACUCCUUACAAUACAUAAAAUGGGAUUACAUUUAUGGGAUUUGGGAGCUUGUGGUAUACUGCAACGUUUUGUUGGUCAUAAACAGGAUACUUUUCGACUAUAUUCUACAUUUGGUGGAGCUAAUGAAGAUUUUGUAGCCACAGGAAGUGAAAAUGGUAGGAUACAUAUUUGGCAUGUUGGUAGUGGCAGCCAUCCUAUACAUUCAACUCCUGGAACCGGGAAUAGAGAUCCAAUCACCUGUGUUCACUGGAAUCCUGUAUUGCCUACAAUGAUAGCUUCAGUAAAUGAUGCUGGUGAAUUGUGCAUUUGGGGGCCGCAACGUUAUACCUUAGGUAAUGGUCAACCAAUGGAUUCAUCAACUUAACUGUUUCAUUCUCCAACACCGAGAAGUAUAUUACAAUUGACUUUCUCCAGCCCACCCGCCCACCCCGCACAACCUCCAUUGCUCCUCAUCCUUGUUUUUCAUGUUGAUGUUGGUUGAUUAUUUUAAUUUUUUUGCAAAUCAAACCAAUACUUCUGGGACACCUUAAUAUGUAAUACCUAUAUACUCAUUUUUACAUAUAUACAAAUAAUUUAUAUAUAUAUAUAUAUAUAUAUA